GUCUUGAAUUCAGGGCCGCUUUUGCGACAACUGUUGAUUAUCCUUCAGCCAUCAGCCUUCUGGAGCUCCAUGCGGGGCUAACGACGACCCACCUCCAAUGCCAGGCCACGUCACUCUGCAAGCGUCGCAUUCGUCGCUUAGAGCAGCCUCACAUGCAGCUAGUUCUAAGUGACGUGCGCAGCUCGUACUAGACACCAAAGCGCGUCUCUUGGAAAGACCCAAGAGUCAGUGUGUCUGGUCUCCAUCCCAUGCCAUACGAUCUCUGAAACGUUGCGAUCAGGUGAAAGUUCUGAACCGUGCGAUCUGAUCUGCCAGGCGAUUGGAUUUCGAUGGUUCUCCGCUCUCGCUCGUCUGGCCAGUGCGCGUCGUGGACCGAUGUGCACCGCACUGCACCAAGGAUGGUUCGACAGGGCGCUGCGCGCAACCGGCGCCGAGGGAAGUUGCGCUGCUGCUGGAACAAGCGCGCAGUGGGGAGUGGGGGAAGGACAAGAGCAGCGCGGAGCGGAAGAACGCCGCCCGCCACGCUGAAACCAGGAAGGCUUGGCGGGUCCCCCUCGAUCACGCUACUUGAUGGUUUGACUGGUUUUAUUCGCCUACCAUGAUCGGGUUUCUCUGCUCUUCGGUUUCCUUCCUCAAGGAGUUGGUUUCACUCCGCCACGUGUCUGCCAGUCAGAGUCUGACGCGGACUAGGAGUUUGCUUCACCAGCGCAGCGGCUGCUUUUGAGUCUGCUCAAAGUCGAGACGUGUGUCUAUCACUGAUUUGGACUGAGGAGUUCUUUUCGCCAGCGCAGCGCUUGCUCCUCUUGCUCGCCUCCCCAGCGCGGAACUCUCGAGAUUUCGGGAAUGCUUUCUAUUUUCUAGCAGAGUCGCGGCGACGUUCGACUACGGCCAGAGAUUUUGAGAGGCGACGAACGCCCCUGAGGCUAUCAGGAGAUUCCACUGCCAAUUUUGAAUCUGGAAGUCCACUGCCAACGGCGCUUGUGCUUGGCGGGGAGAAGUCGCCCCGGACCGAUGGAGCGUGGAGGGAAUUCAGGGGGACGGAUCCGACCUGGAUGUGGCGUGGAGGGUGGUGGUAAUGCGCGGGUGGAAUCUGGGCCGAUUCACCGACCACAAAGGAUGGCGGGUGGAGGGGGGAACGCGGGAAAGCAUCGUUUGGUGUCGGUGGAGGGUGGAGCCGAGUCACAGGGUCGGAUUAGAGCAGGACAGGAGGGUGGUGGGGAUGUUCGGAUGGUGUCUGGCUCGAUCCACAGGACGAAGAGGAUGGUGGGUGGUGGGGAGGAUGGGAGGGGGCAAGUGUUGAUGCCGAUGGAGGGUGAAGGGGAUUCACGGGGUCAGAAUACAGUAGCACUGGAGGGUGGUGGGGAUGCUCGGGAACUACCCUCGAUUAUGGAGGGUGUUUCGGAGCUUCCAGGUGACGUGCUUCAUUCUCCUGGUGCUUCUGUGUUUGAGCCUCUUAGUGAGGAGGAUGAGGAGAAGGAAGAAGAUGAGGGAGGGGUUACGAGUGAGAGUGAGAGAGGGAGUGUGGGGGAGGAGGUGGUGGUUGUGUGUGAAUGUGAAGAAGAUGGAGGGGAAGGGACAGUGCAAGGGAGUUUGAAUGAGAGAGUGAGAGAGGAGGAGGGGGAGGAGGGGGUGGUGUGUGAGGUUGACGAAGGUUUGGAGGAAGGGAGAGGGGGAGUGAGAGAGAUUGAGAGUGAGGAGGAGGUGGUAUUUGAGGGAGAAGAAUGGGAGGACACAGAGGAGCGAGUGAGUGAGGGAGUGAAUGAGGGAGUGAGAGAGGGAGUGAGGGAGGAGGAGGUGGUGGUGUGUGAGGAGCAGUGUGUGGCAUGCGAGCUGGAAGUGAAGCAAGACAGGGGAGGAGGAGCAUUCUCCACGUGGCAGAAGGUCAUUGGCUUCUGGGGUUCCAAGAAGAACGGUCAAGAUUCGUCCAAGCACCAGAGGAGCAUGGGAGACGAUUUGGACAAGAAGGGAACGAAGGGGGAGAAGGAUGGCGGGGAGAAGGAUGGGGGGGAGAAGGAUGGGGGGGAGAAGGAUUGGGGGGAGAAGGAGGAGACUGAGGGGCGGGGGGAGGGAAAGGGGAACCGGGGGAGAAAGGCAAGGCAUAGAGGGGGGAGGAAUGGAGAGGGGAGGCACGGGAUGGGGUGUUUGUGGCGGCUAGGGAAGAGAGGGAAUCAGGAAAGGGGAGAGGAGAAGUCGCCUCCUGAACAGGGGUUUGCCAGUGGCAGUGGUGGAGAGAGGCAGCGGGUGGUGGGUGCAGGUCCGGCAGAGGCUCCUGUAGAGUCACAGGGGGUGGAUGUGGGGGAGAGGUGGGAGGAGGGAUUCGGAGAGAGGCUGGAGGAAAGGUUGGAAGGGAACGCAGUGACUGGCAGUGGGCUGCUCAUGCAGAUGUGUCCGGAGAUUCCAGGAAGGUGCGAAGCAGUCGCGAAGCGUGGGUGUGCUGCAGGAGAGGGAAGUGGAGGAGGAGGAGGAGGAGGAGGAGGAGGAGGAGGAGGAGGAGGAGGAGGAGGAGGAGGAGGAGGAGGAGGAGGAGGAGGAGGUGGCGUUUGUGGCGGUGGUGAUGCCACUGGUGGUGCUACGGAUGCCAGUAAGGGUGAGAGUGAUGGGGGUGGCGGUGUGGGCCACAGAAAUGGUGGUGAUGCUGCCGCUUCUCCAGCCUGCCUCCCCACUCAAACCCCCUCCCGCCCACCGCGGCUGCUGGCAGUGCUGAGUGUGGACGGAGGGGGGGUGAGGGACGCCAUUCCCACGCAGAUCUGCGUGCGCCUAGAGGCCAUGCUGCAGGAGAGAUGCGGGGACCCGGGCGUGCGGCUGGCAGACUUUUUCGACCUCUUUGCCGGCACCAGUGGUGGUGGUCUUCUUACACUGAUGUUGACAGCCCCUAACAGGGAAACAGGGCGGCCAGCAAUACGAGCUCUGGAUGUGGCAGACUUCUGGACGCAGCUCUCCAACCACACCUUCAGACCUCUCCUUCCUCGCCUGUCCUCGCCCCCCAUCCCCACAUCCCCUCUCGCACCCCCAGGCACCAGUGGUGGUGGUCUUCUUACACUGAUGUUGACAGCCCCUAACAGGGAAACAGGGCGGCCAGCAAUACGAGCUCUGGAUGUGGCAGACUUCUGGACGCUUCACUCGAAGCACAUCUUCAGGAGGAAGUUCUGGCCGAGAUGGGCUGCCACACUGAGGAAUGUAUGGCGGCCCAAGUACAAGGUGGAGGUCCUGGAGCAGCUUCUGCGUCAUUUCCUCAGGCAACACUGCGGCUCGGCUGAUCUUUGCCUAUCAGAGGCCGUCAAACCCCUCUUGCUGACUUCAUAUGACAUCAGCGCCGCCCGUCCGUACUUCUUCCUCAGCCUGAGGGCUUUGUCUGAUCCCAGCCACGACUUCUCCUUGAUUCAGGCGUGCAGGGCGACGUCAGCAGCGCCCAGCAUCUUCAUGCCUGCUUUGGUCGAAUCCGUGGAUGGGAGACGGCAGAUGGUGUGCGUGGAUGGCGGCAUGGUGGCCAACAACCCUACUGUAGCAGCGUUCCUGCACCUAGUGGCCAACCCAAACAUGUUCUCUCCUCCCAGCGCCACCAACGCCACCAACGCAAAUGACACCAGCAACGCUACCAACGCGAAUCAUGGAGGGGGCAACAGCGGAGGGGAGACCAAUGUAUUUGGAGUGCAAAUCGAGGCGCUUCAACCUGCUUCUGAGGAGGGGCCUCAAAGGACGUCUGGUUCUGGAGCACCUGCUUCUGUGGGGGAGAAUUCACGCAUGCCGAAUCCAAUUUCAGGGAAAGAAUUGCCAGAAGCAGGCAAUUUUGAAGUUUACGAGCCUGCUGCAGUGGCUGGUGCAGCAUCAGAAGGUGCGAGUUGCCUGCUUACUGAGGACCUGGAGGAGGGAGCAGAGCAGGGGGCGAGCCCAUCGCUCCAUGGUGCUGCUCGUGGUGCUCGUGGUUUCGUUGGUGCCGUUGGUGCCGGUGCUGCUGGGAAAGGGACUAGUGCAGCGGCUGAGAGUGCGAUCUGCAUGCUCACUGAGGACUUGGAGGCGGGAGCAGAGCAGGGGGCGAGUCCAUUGCUUCACGAUGCAAUAAGAGGCAGCAGAGGAGAAAAGGGCGACGGAGAGGGCAGAGGGGAAGGGGAGGCGGGUGCAGACAGGGGAGGGGGGGGAGGAGACGGAGGGGCCAGCAGUGAGGCGUGUGGGGAGGCCCUCCCUCCGGCUCGGUUGACAUUCCGUGACGUGGUGGUACUGUCGCUGGGAGCAGGCGAGCACAUGCGGCGGUACUCCAUUGACGAUGUGAAGAAGUGGGGUCUGAUUGGCUGGGCCGAGCCCAUGGUAGAUGUGAUGGUGUGGGGCGGUGGCAACAUGGUGCACACCCAGAUGUGCCUCCUGGCCCUGGCUGAUGAUGCCAUUGACAACUACACCCGCAUUGAGGUGCAAUCUCUGCCGUCCAUUUCAACUCGGAUGGACAACGCGUCUAGCAAAAAUAUCCAGCUCCUUCAAAAGAUAGCCGAGGACGCCCUAAAAGAUCACGGGAAUGUGAUACCCUCUUUAGCAGGGGAGGUGUGCCAGGUGGCGCCCACCAAUGAGGAGAGGCUUGCUGCACUGGCAGACAGGCUGGUGGAGGAGUACAGGUGGCGGCGCGGGAUUGGAGGGUAGCAGCACAAUGGUCGUCCAUACCGCAUUUAAUGGGGAGUGAGCAGAAUUUUGGUGGCUCCAUCCAACCCAAUGUUGCCGUGAUCAGCAUUGUUACUGUGCGAGCAAUAAAAAUACUGCACAUGCAGUCUGGUGUGGUUGUACUGUGUACAACUGCUUCGAUUCAAACCCUGAUUGAAGGCAACAUAGCUAGAGCACUAAAUCUUCUGCUUGAACUGGUGGUAUCUUUCCUGACCUAUCACUACUACUGACAGGAGGACUCCGAUGUAAGAUUGGACGCACAUACAUAGGUGUUAGAAUGUCGAGAGGGAAAAAGUGUGAUUAAGGGAGGAAAGGCUGAGGGUUACAAAGGUGGGAAUGUACCCUCUAAGAACUGACCUAACUAAGGCUAU